CCGGUGAAAACUAUGGAAAUAUAGCAAAGACAUUUUUUAUUGUAGAGAAAAAGUGAAUUUUUAAGUUAUAUUAAAAAAGUUAAAUAUCAUUUUAUACCGCAAUGGAUGAGAAAGAAACAGCGGAACCAGUUCCAACAAAAUUUUCAAAAAGUAAAAUAUUCUGUUGUGUUUAUAAAUGCAAUAGUACACCUGUCAAAACUCCUAACCUCAGUUUCCACUAUUUUCCGAAAAAAGGACAAAUGAAAAUUAAUUAUGUUAAUAAAUUUGGAACUGUCGAGUUAAUUGACAAGAGAAUUUUGUGGGAAAGAGUGUUGAGAAUGGGUAAAAAGGUGACACGUAGCAUGAGAGUUUGUUCUUUGCACUUUGUCAAAGAAGAUUUUACGUGUGUUACAAAAUCUGAUUUUUCUCAAGUAAAAGUUUUAAAGAGAACAGUCAUACCAUCUGUGAACUUACCGAAAUCUUCCAUAGAAUCAAAUCCAUCAGAAGUAUCAGUUAAAAAUAUUAAGGAAAGACAAGCUCGAUUCGAAAAUCGCCAAAAAAAUGAUUCAAAGGAAAAUGAAAACAUUGAAAUUUGCAAUUGUUUGCUUGAUCCUAAAAUUAACAAUGCGACUGGUAACGAAAAGAAAAUAAAUGAUGAGUCAGCUGUUACUGACACGAAUUUAAAUGAAGAAAUUACAGCAUUUGAAAAAUUAUUUGCUGAUGCUGAGGUACAGGUUACGAGUGGAGAUUUAAUUUCAAGCUUCUUUGAUCAUUUUUUGAAAACUGAUCAACAAUUAAGCACCGCUACAGGGAUUGAAAGUUUUCAAUUAUUUGACAGCAUAGUAGAUGCAUUCAGCGAAGCUGCACCAGAAUUAAAAAGUACGACUCGAGUGUUAAAUAUUCGGGACAGAAUUUUACUGACGUUUGUGAAGCUAAAACAAAACGUUAGUUACUCGUUUCUCUCACUGUUAUUUCCUACUGUCACUAUAAGAAAUUGCUCAGAAAUUAUUUAUAAUACUCUGGACAUUUUGGAAAUUGUUUUAAAACCGAUGAUUCAUUUUUCAUCUCAAGAUGAAAUUUCGAGAAACAUUCCUCUUUGCUUUGCCAAUUAUCCUAAUACAACAAUAAUAUUAGAUUGCACUGAAAUAGGAAUUCAGAAACCGAAGAACUUGUGCUGCCAAAUUAAUUGUUAUUCUCACUAUAAAGGGGGAUAUACGAUAAAAUUCAUGACAGGAGUAACUCCUGCCGGAACUCUGUCGUAUGUUUCGAAAGUUUAUGGGGGCAGAGCAUCUGACAAAGCAAUUUUCAGCCAAAGCUCUUUAGUGGAUCAUUUACCGAAAGGUUCAUCUGUGAUGGUGGAUAAAGGUUUUUUAAUCGACGACUUGUGCAUCGACAACAAAUUAAAUUUAAUAAGACCGUCAUUUCUUAGAAAACAAUCACAAUUUUCAGCCGAUAGUGCAUUAAAAAAUGCAGACAUUGCAAGCGCAAGGGUUCACGUGGAGAGAUUAAACCAAAGAUUAAAAGUAUUUGAAAUACUUGGCGGUAAAAUGUCUUCGUGUCUUAUUCCAAAAAGUGAAAAAAUUAUGAACAUUCUGUGUGCUGUGGUAAAUUUAAGUAAACCAAUAUUUAAAGAUGAUAAGUUUCAUUCGUGA